ACACGUACACUUUGCGUCGAGCGCACCCUCAUUACACAUACAUACGCACACACAUGUGCAUACAUCUGCUCAGACACAGACAGACCUGUCCAAACACCUGUGUGUUCCUCUUACUUCUUUUUCUUAAGCUUUAGAGCACCCACGCAUACACAUAGACACACACACACACACACACACACGCUGUGGGCUAUUCGUGGGGAAUAUGGCACAGAAGCAGACAGAGCUCACCCAAAAUCCUCUGCAGAAAAUCUGGGUUCCAUGGAUGAGCGGCAAGCUGAAUCGCAGGAGAGGCUCCUCGGUGCCCCAGUUCACCAACUCUCCCACUAUGAUAGUGAUGGUGGGACUGCCUGCUCGGGGGAAAACCUAUAUCUCUAAGAAGCUGACACGCUACCUCAACUGGAUAGGAGUUCCCACAAAAGUGUUUAAUGUGGGCCAGUACCGCAGAGAAGCUGUUAAGUCCUACAAAAGCUUUGAAUUCUUCCGUCCAGACAAUGAAGAGGCGAUGAAGAUCCGCAAAGCCUGUGCUGUUGCUGCUUUGAAGGAUGUGUGUGAAUACUUCACUCGGGAGCAUGGACAGGUGGCGGUGUUUGAUGCCACCAACACCACGCGUGAGCGCAGAGAGGUCAUCCUCAGCUUUGCUAAAGAGAAUGGUUACAAAGUCUUUUUCGUGGAGUCAUUAUGUGAUGAUCCUGAAAUCAUUGCUGAAAAUAUCAAGCAAGUCAAGCUCAGUAGUCCAGACUACAUUGGCUGUGACAAAGAGGAGGCAGUGGCUGACUUCCUGAAAAGGAUUGAGUGCUACAAGAUCACUUAUGUGCCUCUGGAUGAUGACAAGGAUAGAAACCUGUCCUAUAUAAAGAUAUUUAAUGUGGGCAGUAGGUAUCUGGUGAAUCGGGUUCAGGAUCAUAUCCAAAGCAGAAUUGUUUACUAUCUGAUGAACAUCCAUGUUACCCCUCGCACUAUCUACCUGUGUCGCCAUGGUGAGAGUGAGCUGAACCUGCUGGGGCGAAUCGGUGGUGAUUCUGGCCUCUCCCCCCGUGGAAUAAAGUUUGCAGCAGCUCUGGGGACAUACAUUAGGAGUCAGUGUAUUCCAGAUCUGAAGAUCUGGACCAGUCACAUGCGGAGAACCAUCCAGACAGCUGAAGCAGUGGGCGUGCCCUAUGAACAGUGGAAAGCUCUGAAUGAGAUUGAUGCAGGUGUGUGUGAGGAGAUGACGUAUGAGGAAAUACAGGACCAUUAUCCUGAGGAGUUUGCACUGAGGGACCAAGACAAGUACCGUUACCGUUACCCUAAAGGAGAGUCCUAUGAGGACCUGGUGCACCGUUUGGAGCCGGUGAUCAUGGAGCUGGAGAGGCAGGAGAAUGUUCUAGUUAUUUGUCACCAGGCCGUCAUGCGCUGCUUGCUGGCUUACUUCCUGGACAAAAGUGCAGAGGAGUUGCCCUACCUGAAGUGUCCUCUCCACACGGUGCUAAAGCUCACACCUGUUGCUUAUGGCUGUAAAGUAGAGUCCAUCUUCCUGAAUAUUGAGGCAGUGAACACACACAGAGACAAACCCAUGAGGAAGGAGGAGUCAUCCAUGGCCCCUCAGUAUCGCCACAGUUAUGCACAGCCCAUGGCUAGCCCCACACCUACCAAGGUCCCGUGUUUACAGGACCUGGGUCUGACUGAACUUAGUCUGCAGAACGUGGAUGUGAGCAGAGAUCCAGAGGAAGCUCUUUUGACUGUUCCAGAACACAUCUAACGUUCUGAGAACCAGAGACAACAUUUUAUUUGGAGAGACUGGAGCUCCAUCGUCAACAAUCUUUUACAUUUAAAUAUUGUUACCUUU